AUGUCUUCUUCAUUCGCCCGAAUUCAUAAGCGCCAUGCCUACGGCAAGGAUGCCCAGACUUAUUACCCGGUCCUGAUAGUAGGUGCCGGAGAGUCGGGGAUUGCCAUGGGCUGCCGUCUCAAAGAGGUCCUGGGAACAGACCAAUUCCGAAUAUUCGACCGCCAGUCCGGUAUUGGGGGUACCUGGUGGAUUAACAGGUAUCCGGGAGCUGCCUGCGACAUACCAGCGGUAUUCUACUCCUUCUCCUUUGCUCUGAAAAAGGACUGGUCUACAAUGCAUCCAUCUGGUCCAGAAUUGGCACAGUAUAUGGCAGAUGUCUGCGAGAGAUAUCAAAUUGUGGACAAGAUCCAGUUGAAUACCGAUGUUAAGGAACUUCGAUGGGUCGAGGAUGACGAGGAAUGGGAGGUUACGCUCUCGCACCUUGUUCCUGGAACCGGCGAUUUAGCUCAGCACGAGCGAGAUCAAAUCUCAGCCCAGGACGGCCAUCACAAGGUCUAUGUCAAGACAGAAAUUGUGCGAGCCAAGGUGGUCGUCAGUGGUGUUGGCGGGCUGGUAGAACCUAAGCCAUGGCCGAAGGACAUCCCAGGUAUUGAGGACUUCGAAGGUGAGAUCAUGCAUACGGCUCGCUGGAAUGACCAGAUUGAUUUGGAGGACAAGAAUGUCAUCAUGGUUGGUUCCGGCUGCAGUGCCGCACAGGUUGUGCCCGAGUUGGCCAAGCCAGAGGCCAACGUUCGAUCCAUUACCCAACUCAUGCGAACUCCUCCAUGGGUCCAGCCUGAUACAAUCUCUCCUGAAUAUCUCCCCUUGUACGACAAAUGGGCUCCUGGACUGAUGACUCACGUGCCUGGACUGGCGUCGUUCAUACGUAGGGUUACUUUCUUCAUGCUGGAGAAAAGCUUCUACGAUAUGUUCACGGACACUGCAUGGGGCCGAAGAGCGCGGCCGCGGCUAGAGAAGAAGUUUUUAGACCACAUGCGUCAACUCGCGCCGAAGGAAUACCAUGAGAUCUUGACACCAAACUACAGCCUCGGCUGUAAAAGGCGGAUCAUCGACGGUACUUGGUAUCGCAGUCUCAAUGCUCCAAAUGUGGAAUUGACUACUCAGCCUCUGAGAAGGGUCCAUGCGAAGAGUGUGACUCUUGGUCCGGGCCGCCACUAUCCACCCCACAAGUCUGAAGACGCAGUUGAGGUUAGGGAGAUUCCCGCCGAUGUGAUCAUCAUGGCAAACGGGUUUGAAACCAACCAAUGGCUGCACCCACUGAAGGUGAUUGGGAGGGAGGGUAAGGAUCUUGAAGAGGUCUGGGCAGAACGUGGAGGUGCCCAGGCAUACCAGGGCAUCGCAAUGGAUUCCUUCCCGAACUUCUUUAUUCUUUUCGGCCCGAAUACGGCAACAGGGCAUACCAGUGUUAUUUUCGCAACGGAGAAUGCGGUAGACUACUCUUUAAAAUUCAUCAAGCCGAUCUUGAAUGGCCAAGUCAGCUCGUAUGAAGUCAAGGAGGAUGCUGAGCGUGAAUGGACUCGGCAGGUGCAGGAUGCGCUUCAGAAGAGUGUGUUCCGUCGUGGGGCUUGCUCUAGCUGGUACAGCACAGCUGAUGGUUGGAAUUCUACAACAUAUCCAUUCACUCAAGUUCACUACUGGCUGCGUUGCAAGUUCCCCGUGUGGCGGCAUUGGACUGCGAAACUCACGAGAAAGGGACGGAUUGUGCGUGGUCUCCGGAAAGCUCUACAGGGUUCUCUUAUUCUUGGGCUCAUUACAGGCUUUGGCUUCCUGCGCCAAAACCCUCAGCACAAGGCUCAGUUGGUGCAGUCAUUGCUGGCUGGGAAAGAGUGGCUGGUCUCAGCGGCCAUGGCUUCAGAGUCACCUCAGCUUGAAAUGUCACCACCGCAGACGGAACCCCGUGAUCAGUCCAUCGGUGCGUCCGAUUCCAACAAGAGAAAGGCGGAACCAGGCAACGGAACGCAGGCGCGCACAAAGCGGAAUCGCUACAUCUCCAUUGCAUGUAAUGAAUGCAAGCGGCGCAAGAUCAAGUGCAAUGGCCAGAUGCCUUGUCAACGGUGUGGUCACCUGAAUUUGGAAUACUCGGACGAGUUCCGGUCAAUGACAGAUCAGAUCACUACUUUACAAGACCAGGUCAAUAGCUUAUUCACCAAUCUCAAUGAUCUUCGUGCCCAGAGACCAAACUUUGAUUCACCAGGGUUUGAGCAUCUCUCUCGCGACGGAUCUCAAUCGGUCUACACUCCAAUGCAAGCCGGGGUAGCAAAGCCACGAGCCCGUCACCCACGCUUUCAUGGUCCAACAAGCUCAGCCUUUAACUUUGACGUGGCAAAAUCUAGUUUGCAGAAUAUGGGUAUCACCCCAGCGGAAGACGGAAUCCCAGAUGACUUGAACACUGCACAUGUUUCUCCAGCGGGCUCACCUCCUCCCAAUCUGGGACAGCUUCUUCCAACCACACACCCUACCAAGGAUCCAAUAUGGACGAUCCCGCGUGAAGAGGCAAUGCGUCUCUGUAAGGUUUACGAGGAAGAGAUUGGGAUGAUGUAUCCGCUGGUGGAUAUCGCCAAGGUUACCAGCCAGGCUAAUCUGCUGUACACAUUCAUCGAAGCUGCUACCAGAACAGGCUUUGCACAGCGAGGGUUCCCAGGCUCUGAUGGUCUUCAUGACGAAAGCUCGAUUAUUUUUAAAUUGAUUCUCGCCACCACGCUGGUCGUGGAGGGGGGCGGUCAAAGCGAACUUGGGCAGCGGCUCUACUUGGAUGUUAAGCCAUUUAUAGAAUCAAAGUUGUGGGAGCCUCAUACCAUCAAAACCAUUCAGCUCUUUGCUAUUGUGGCCACAUACCAUUACCAUACAGAUGAUGAUGCGAUGGCUUAUCGGCUUAUUGGACUGGCGGCACGGAUGUGUUUAGAGAUGGGAUUGCAUCGUCGUGACGCUCUGUUGAAGUCAUUCCCAGUUGAGCAGCAGUGGAGCGAUAUCACUCGGCUGUUCUGGACAGUCUACAGCUUGGAUAGACGAUGGAGUUUCGGGACGGGGCUACCUUUCGUGAUUCAGGACGAAGAUAUUGAUCCAAACUUACCAGACCCUGAUGCAUCGCUGCCUUACUUGCGCUGCAUGGUCCUAUACAACCGGAUCAGCUCCAAGGUCUGGUACUCUGGCUUGGGCUCUGAAGGCACCACUGACAUCCGUCGUGAUGGAAUCGGCUAUCUGGAUUACCAAAUUUUACAGUGGUACAAGCAAAUUCCAGACGAGCUUAAGUUCCAUCCUAUCGAGUCACCCAAAAACGGUGGAAACGUCAGCAGAGGCAUGAGGCGACUCAGGGUUGUCUUGUACCUGCGGAUGAACCAACUGCGCAUCCUGAUCUAUCGCCCCGUGCUCCAUUCCCCUGCUAGCAUUGCCGAAGAUCGAGGCCACGCCCAGACUGUUGUGGAAGUAGCCAAAGACUCGAUCCGUGUCCUCACUCGGCUGAACCAGAUGUCCGAUAUCUACCGAUCACAGCAAAUAACGUUCAACUAUUUCCUGGUUGCUGCAUUGGCGGUGCUGUUCCUAGCAGUAUCCCACGCGCCGGUCGACUUCAAUCGACAGGUCCGUGAUGAAUUCUACAUGGCGCUCGACUUAGUCAACGGGUUCAGUACCAAGUCCUACGUCUCCAAGCGGUUAUGGAAGACAAUCAAAGGUCUACGAAAGAUCGGCGAGAAACUUGGCGUUGUCGCCCGUCCUUUUGGACCGGACUCAAGUGAUCCUCAUUCAAGCGCUGCAGUGGCCAUGGCCGGACUCGCGGGACAUCCAAUCCAGGACCUGUCUAUGUACGGGCCCAUGAAUGGUGGGAACGAACUUGGAAAUAGUCCUCUCAAUGGACUUCAAAUGAGUCAAGAAUUGACAAACCUGUUUGAGGCUGUUGGUGCUUUUGGUAAUUUCAUGCCUAACAGUUCAAGUGAUGGUAUUGGUGGCUUCGUUGGGCCGGAUGGGGAGAUUCAGAACACUGGCGAAGGUUUAUCGGGGGUGUUGGGUGAUGAGGGAGAGUUUGCUCGAGUCAUUCGGGACUUGUUUUGA